CUCAUUGGAGGAGCAGGGAGGCGAGAGAGUAGAGGGCCCCUGGAGGGAGCCACGGGAGGUGCAGGUCGGAGAGGCAGUGCCCCGCGCGUGAGGAGCUGCAGCGGCGGCGGCAACAUCCAGCGUCGGAGCCAGCAGUUCCAACCCGUUGCUUUACUUUUUUAGCUGCACGAACAUAGUCAUUAUGCCGAAGAGAAAGGUGGUUGUCUGGCACUGUUUCUAAGUUAACACAUGUUAUUUGAUGACCUCGUUUUGAAUUAACUUCGUAAUCCUAAUUCCAGUUGAGCAUGAAGUCUUUGAUGGCUCUGAUCCUUUUUUUUAAUCCCGCAUAUCACCUAGCACAGUCUCCAGAGAAUACAGAGGGCAAGGAUGGAUCCAAAGUAACUAAGCAGGAGCCCACAAGGCGGUCUGCCAGAUUGUCAGCGAAACCGGCUCCUCCAAAACCUGAACCUAAACCAAGAAAAACAUCUGCUAAGAAAGAACAUGGAACAAAGAUUAGCAAAGGUGCUAAAGGGAAGAAGGAGGAAAAGCAGGAAGCUGGAAAGGAAGGUACUGCACCAUCUGAAAAUGGUGAAACUAAAGCUGAAGAGAUCCACAUCUAUCGCUCAACUGUUAGUGUCUCAACCUGCAGAGGUACCCCACCCAGCACCCUGUCAGUAAAGGGGCAGAUUGAAACAGUCAGAGUUAAGGGCACAGAAAACUGAAUCUGUAGAUAACGAGGGAGAAUGAAUUGUCUUGGAAAAUUGGGGUUGAUUUUAUGUACCUCUUUGGGACAACUUUUAAAAGCUAUUUUUACCAAGUAUUUUGUAAAUGCUAAUUUUUUUAGGACUCUACUAGUUGGCAUACAAAAAUAUAUAAGGAUGGACAUUUUACCUUCUCAUAGUCAUGCUUUUUGAAAAUUUCCAUCAUCCUUAAGUAAAAUAAAUACCAAUUUAAUGUUGGAAGCUGUGUGUAAAAUUGAUUCAGCAUACCAUGCAUUUGCUUUAAAAAUUUAGUCCUGUGCAUACUGUGGUGUUUUUACUGUGCGUAUUUGAAUUUUUCACGCAGUUUUUCUAGAGCAAUAAUCAGUGGUGCUUUUGUACCUAUGUUUAUGUGAUUUUAAUGAAACAUGGAUAGUUGUGGCCACCUGCUGACUAUUUGUGGUUUAAAAUAAAAGGUUUUCUUGCCUGCAAAAUA